ACAUUGGCAUUGGCUUUUAAUUUGAAUAUAUUUUCUUGUCUGAUUUGCUUUGUUUUUUGAAUGCUCGCCACAUUAUCCUUAAAUGUAAUAAAUGUUUUUUUACCAUUUAACAGAACCUUUACCGUUUGAUGAAGGUAAAUCAGUUAUUUCGUAUCAUUCCCGGUUACCAUUUAUUGACUCGUAUGGCACAGUUAAAUCUAAAUUUGUUAAUUUUGAUCCAAUCAAAAGUCCAGUUCGUAAUGAGAAUAUAGUCCCGAAUGGAUUUGCUUUCACUAACACAGCAAGUGUCUCGGAUUACUCUAUAGCGUCGCUGCUUGACUUGAAGGUUAAUAAUACUUGCAGUUUGGAUGAACCUCUUAAUUUAACCAACAAACCAGUUAAUGUAACUUCAAUUACAACAACCUCAUCAACAUUAUCAUCAUCUCCGUCGUCCUCAUCAUCAGUUUUAACUCCACCAUCAGCCAGACCAACGACAACAUUGAAGGCAACAGUUGUGUCUAGUAAAGACAGUGAAGAGUGCAGGUCAUCAUCAUCCAUAAACUCUCAUCUUCACUCAUCAACUCAGUCAAAUUUGAAACCAUCUUCUAAUAAUGUUAACUACAGUAAUAUCAGCACUCUAUCAUCAUCAUCAUCGUCGUCGUCCUCGUCAACAACGACAACAACCCAGUCAAAUAAAAUAUCCUCGCCAGAUGGAAGACAUUUUAAAUGUAAUCAAUGUAAUAAACUGUUUAAGCGAUCGUCAACCCUAUCAACUCAUCUCUUGAUUCAUUCAAAUACACGACCCUUUCCAUGUCCUUUCUGUGGUAAACGAUUCCAUCAAAAGUCGGAUAUGAAGAAGCACACUUAUACCCAUACAGGUGAAAAGCCUCAUAAAUGUGCCGUCUGUGGUAAAUCGUUUAGCCAAUCAUCCAAUUUGAUAACUCACACAAGGAAACACACAGGUUAUAAACCCUUUGCUUGUGAUUAUUGUCCCAAAGCAUUCCAAAGGAAAGUGGAUUUACGGCGUCACCGGGAGACUCAACAUCAUUAUAAAGAUUAAGCAAAGGUAGACUUGGAUUUGAUCUCGACAUCUUUUAAUUAAUCAAAUUGUAGUCCAGAACAGUCCUUAUUUAUUUUACCAAAAAUCGGGACUGACAAAAUCAAUGAAAAUUAUCAUAACCAUAUCAAAAUCACUUCAUCGAUCUUUUAAGUUUUAUAAUUUUGUUUCCUCUUUUCAUGUAUUGUAAAUAAAAUCAUCCAAAAAUGAACUGUUUUAAAUUGUA